UAGUUGAGUACUAAACAGUAACAGCUGGUUGACUAAAUGUAAAAAUUUUUCUGAAUAUUUAUUCAAAUUUUGUAAAGUCUGUAAUAAAUCAAUAAAUUAACAAAGAUUCUGGUGGAAGUUGAUUGAUUGCUUGAGUAAAAAAGAUAUUGCUGCACUCUGAGAUAAUAUUAUAUUAUAUAUUUUGCAAUAAGAUAUGUGUUCUCUUUUAAACAUUCUCUUUGUUACAUUCAUUCUUGUUUAUAAUUUGAAUGGCAGCUGCCAACUAACAACACUAGUAACAUCAGAAACUGAAAUAAAUUUAUAUAUGGAUUCUUCUGGAUCAAUUCAAAAGGAAUAUUAUAGAAGUGAAAAAUCCAUUAUCACAUCUAAUAUCUCAGAAAAAUAUGUGAAAAACUUUGUAAAAACUGGGAGAGCAACUCCUACAACAGAAUUAAUUUUCAUGAUAGACUCUUCUACUUCAAUAGGACAAUUAAAUUUUUUAAUGAUGAAAUCUUUUUUGGUUAAUCUUGUAAAUUUAUUAAAAAUUAACAAGAAUAGCAUAAGCCUAUCUCUCAUCAGAUAUGGUAAAACAACCGACCUUGUAUUCCAUUCACUGUUUGAAACAUCAUCAAUAGUGACAAAGCUAAUGGGUAUUGAAUAUAUAGGAGGAGGAGGAGGAGUUUGUAAUGUUCAUAAAGCUCUUCGUCUCGCCCAAACUAAGGUCUUGGAUAAGGCAGCAAAGUCAAGUAAAAAAGUAGUUCUAAUUUUAACAAAUGAUAUAUGUGAUCAGGCAAUUGAUGAAGCUAAGAAAUUUAAAAGUUUUGCUCAAAUAAUUCCAAUUGCCUCUAGCAGCUCUUUUAGUUGUGAUCUAUUCAAAUUUGUAUCAACAACUGGCAAAUACUAUCAGAUGUCAGAUAUCACAACAAUAAUUCAAUUGAUUGACAAGAUGAUCAGUUAGAUUUCAGAGCUAGGAUUAGGUUUUUGGUGCUAUGGUUGUUCAUGGGUAUGGCAAAUCUCUGAUUUAGAAAUAGAAAAAUUGUUGAACAAUAAACAACUAACAGAAUACCAUUGAAUUUUUUGUCAAUUAAGCAAAAUUUUAUGGUAGCGCCUUCUAGCGAUUAUAGUAGUGUUGCCUGACAGCCUACAAAAAAUGAUUUUAAGCUAUUUUUAAUGUUUAUGUUGUUAUAGUUUUCAAUUUAUUGAUAUAUAGGCUUGAAAAGAGAGAAAAAUUCUUUUCCUACAAUUACAAUACAACAAAGUACAGGUUAGGAUGGGGUGCAGAUUUAGAAACAAGAAUGUAUGUGUGUACCAGUUAUUUCACAAUUCUGAAUUUGUUUCCAGACAAUCUUCUUAGAUUUCCUGAGGUUUGCAUCUAGCAUCCAAUCAUCACUAUGUAGUUAGUAAACUGUCAACUAAGAUUGUCCCUAUUGAUUUUUACAUAUUUGUUGAUUGGUAAUCCAGAAAACUGAAGAAUGCAAACCUGGUGACAUAGCUGCAUCAAUUCCUAUAUUUUUAAAAAUAGCAUUUAAUCUUCCAGUAAAUGAUGUUAAUUUUAAAUUUGAAUGAAUAUAUUUAAAAAUUGUUUCAUUUUUUCCAAUUAAACUAAAUUGAAUUUUUAAUUUAUUUGCAGUUUGAUUCUUG